CCAAGAUGGCGGCGCGGUCGUCGUCGGGGGUGGCGGCGGCAGAGGGGGCGUCGGCCGUGGCGGCAGCGGCGACGGCAGCCGUGACGGCGGCGGCGGCGCGGGGCCUGGGCCGGGGGGAAUGAGGCGGCCGCGGCGGGCCAGCGGCGGAGCCGUGUAGUGGAGAAGCGGCACCCCCUCCCUGCUUCCCUUGGCCGAGCCGGGGACGCGCGCGCGCGCGCGCGGCCGUCCGGAGCGGGCUCCCCACCCUCGACUCCCGCCACCCGCGCCGCACCCCCACCCGGGCCCGGAGGAUGAUGAAGCUCAAGUCGAACCAGACCCGCACCUAUGACGGCGACGGCUACAAGAAGCGGGCCGCGUGCCUGUGUUUCCGCAGCGAGAGUGAGGAGGAGGGAGAAGAGCUGAAAAUGGAGUUAAUGAUUGAUCAUGCCUAUGUUAUGAAGCCUCUGUGGGGUUCGGAGAACUUCCAGUGCGCAAACACAGCCACCCUGGGAGGGUGAUGUACCCAAACUCUAUGGGAACAGAAGCUCCUGCACUCAGGACCCUUCCUGACCUCACCCUAUGUAUCUCUUCAUCUGGCUGUUCAUCUAUAUCCUUUAAUAAACUGGUAUAUGUGCUACUUGUGAGCAGUAGUCGCCAUCCAGACCGAUGGAUUGUCCCUGGAGGAGGCAUGGAGCCCGAGGAAGAGCCAAGUGUGGCAGCAGUCCGUGAAGUGUGUGAAGAGGCUGGAGUAAAAGGGACAUUGGGAAGAUUAAUCGGAAUUUUUGAGAACCAGGAGAGGAAGCACAGAACAUAUGUCUAUGUGCUCAUUGUCACAGAAGUGUUGGAAGACUGGGAAGACUCAGUUAACAUUGGAAGGAAGCGGGAAUGGUUUAAAAUAGAAGAUGCCAUAAAAGUGCUGCAGUAUCACAAACCGGUGCAGGCAUCGUAUUUUGAAACAUUGAGGCAAGGCUACUCAGCCAACAAUGGCACCCCGCUCGUGGCCACCACAUACUCAGUUUCUGCUCAGAGCUCCAUGCCAGGCAUCAGAUGACUGAAGAUUUCCUGUAAGAGAAAUGGAAAUUGGAAACUAGACUGAAGUGCAGGUCUUCCCUCUCACCCUUGCUCUUUCACCUCUCCUCACAGGCCUCCUCUUUCAAAUAAGGCAUGAUGGGCAGCAGAGAAAGGGUUUAUUGAUAAUGUUGCUCUUUGGUGUUAAGUGAUGGGGCUUUUUCUUCUCUUUUUAUUGAGGGGGUGGGGGUUGGGUACGUAAUUUGUAAGUACUUUUGUGCAUGAUAUGUCUUUCCCUUUUCACACCCCUACAAUUCUCUAAAGAGGCAAAAAGCCUUCCCUCUGCCUUGGAUUCUGAAGUGUUCCUGUUUGUCUCAUCCCAGCCCUGGCCAGAUUUUUUUUUUUUUUUUAAUUAAAAGAUACCAAUAUGAGAUGAAACCUUUCAAGAAUUUGUCCCAUAAUGUGCUGUUAAGUCCAGUAGGUUAGUCACUUUCACUGCAGGAUGCAUUUAUCUACACAUUAUAUACUGGGCAUAUAAUAUGUAAAUAAAUGAAUUUUAGAAGAGGAAUUUGUUUAAUUUUUCAAGGUUUUGUUUUGUUUUUUAAAUUCGGGGUGUUUCUGAAGUGGAGAGCCUCACAAUUAAUUUACUUUUUCGUUUUUGAUGCUAGUGGCUAGGUAAGGUUCCCUGUCCUCUCUCUUUUCCCUAGUCAUCGACUGUAGCUAUAUAGGGUACGGGAAGAGUUUAGCUACCUUUAUAGUGCUCCCAGAACUCAUGGCCUUCUCUUCUCAAAGCUGUGUUUCCAUGCCAAGAAAGAAACAGGAAGAAACCUAUUUUCUUUUUUAUUACCAAGCCAGGAACAAAUGGCCUCAGCUCAGAUCCGGAGAAGCAAUGCUAGAAAUUGAAUUCCUCCCUACAUGUUGACAAUAGGGAUUUGAACUGGAUUCUUGGGAUUACUAUCUAAAAAACUGGAGCGUCGAGCACUGUUUCUGUCCUGCUGGUUUGGAGUUUUUUCCAUAAUGCUACUUAUCGCCGACAGCGGCCUCUCUCCUUGUGCAUCCAUGCCUUACACCGCGCUGAACUGGAUAUUGUCCUUGUGCUCUGAAGCAUCCAACUGUACUUGGCAAGUGCAGCUGUACAGUCCUGUCCCUGUUCUGGGUAACCACGUUACGUUCCUGAAAAGUACACAGGAGGAAAAUUCAGAUGUUUGCUUGUCUUUGUGAUGUUAUAGCACUUGUAAUCGCACCAUGGAGCAUGCUCAGAGAUACUAAAUUUGUCUCCCACUGGGAUGUGAGAGGUCCAUCGUCCUCUGAGAAGUGGUAUGGGAGGGUGCUUAAUCAUUUACUAGAAUAUCUACAUAAUGCAUUGGCUCACUGCAGACUGUCUUGUUGGUUUUUGAUACAGGUUUGAUGCUGGCUUCAUUUGCCAAUUGUGUCGUUUGUCGAGAAGUAUGCAGAAAAGGGUCUUGAGACUGGGGGUGGGGGGCAGGGGGCACUGAUCAGUCCCUGGCUUGGGACAGGAGUGUGUUGCUAUACUCUUAGUGGCACCUCCUUUGUCAAAACAUAGCCAAGAUGUGAAAUUAAAAUCGUAGCUCUCUUAUUUAAAAAUUCUAAUAAAUACUCAAACU